UAAGUGGUAUUUGUCCAUGGAUAGAUGGAGAAAAUGUCAACUUUUUUCACACAUACUUUAAGUUUUAAGCUGUGACUUGGAUGUGAACAGAAAUGUCAUUUUACAUAAGGUUAAGUCGUGUGUCUUGAUUGCCGGUUUUAAAUGUGUGCGAGACUGGCAAAAUUCCAUUAGAUCCAAAUACAUUGCCAUCAUUCGUUUAUUUCCUUAGCUGUCAUUUUAAACGAUUCACUAGUUUUCAGAUUUUCACUGUUCAGAUUCAGAUUCAGAUAAUAAGGAUAGAAGGCUCUUUUGGCCUGUGUUAAUCCUUGCAAAAUAUAUCUCUGCAGAGAUCUAACUUCUCUUUGAAAGCGUUCACCGAUGGAGCUGAUACUACUGAAUCAGAUUGCAUACUUAAUUUAUGUCAACUUUAUUGAAACACCCCUUAAGCUAAGGGUUUUUCAAAGCGUGUUAUCUGAAAUCACUGGUUGGCGGUGCUGAUGAGUGGUCCUAAUUUGACACCGAAAACAUCUGCUGUCUUGCCAAUUAAGGGUCGUAUUUGUACUAGUGGAGGAUGCGUGGGUUCUCCAGAGGACAAAAUUGCUGUUCUAACAUCUGACAAAUUGUAUAUAUUGAACUUCACACUGUCAUUGGAUGAUGGCGAUUUCAAGAAGAUAGCCAGUGCUCAACAGGUUAACUUUGCUGCUCGUUGUUCCAUAAGUAUUGAACUUGAAAAUGAUUAUGUUAUAAAGGGAUCUCAAAUUAAUGAUGAAAUAAAAGCCGCACUGAAAGAAAACGUGAACAGAUCUAUUCUUUUCCCUUAUGAACAAACAACACGUGAUGUAUUGAAUGCUAGAAAUGGAGCAAGAUUAGUUUCUUGGAGUCCUCGAGGAGUUGAUAAAUAUGAAAGGUGUAUAUUGAGUGUAACAACGCUAGAAAAUCGAUCAUUUCUAUGCACACUUAAAGGAACAGAAAUGUGGGAAGAGUCGGUUGAUAUAUCAUUAAUUUGGCAACAGUAUUAUGUUGAACAUGGUAGAAUUGCACAGAAUAGAAAACCAUUGGUCGACAGUAGACCACAGUUUAUCUUCAAGCCAGGUGAAUUAAUGACAACUGCAUCCUCGUUAACCUGUUCAAAUAUGAUGGACUAUUUUGAUGCAAUUGAAGAUAUUAUUGUCAUUUAUACAAGUUGGUGUCAAAUAAUUCGUCGACCACAAAUGGUGAAAUCAACAAAUUCAGUGAAUUUCUACUCUGAGACAUCUGUAAAAGACGCUAACUCUUGCUAUGUAAUACCUGUUGAUCCAGAUCACCUUGUAACGACGGCAUCAUUUCCAUUAUCGCCUGUAACAUUUCUAGCAGUUUUAAAAAAAUCCGGUGCAUUCUCAAUUUGGAUGACUACAGUACCAUUUACUGGAGUAUCUUCAAUGUCUUUGUUAUGGGUUGACUACACCUACACUGUUGUACGCAAUGAUAUGAUCGAUAAACGACCAAAUUAUCUUAAACUCUAUGAUUUGGAUAGUGUAAAUUUGCUACUUGUUUUAGGAUUUACAGAUGGUUCAGUAAAAGCUUUAGUCUUUCCAAUUGAAUAUUCACCAACUGGCGUUCUUACAUUAAAUGCUCCGUAUUUAUUUAAUCUAUGGACAACCCCGUUGUAUCAUGCGAGUAUUUUAGCCUCAGCUUGGUCAAUGAUUCGCGGUUUAUUGUGUAUUGGUUAUGGUCGACAUGUAUUAGUAUUUCAUAUAGAGAAGGAAAAUGUGAUUUCCAAUGUCCAUCAGCAUCAACAACAAACACGCCCACUGAAUAGCCUUCGUGGACGAGCUCCACUCUAUUUGGUUAAGCGUCAAUUUGUCAGUCAACCGAAUCCUAUUUUAGGCCAUAUUACGGGUAUUCAUUUGGAUAAGGAACAAUUAUUACUGACGAGUGUAGACGGUUAUCUGAUGCGUGCCAGUAUUGAUGACGAUUUUAAUUAUACUGAACUAAAAUGGAAAGUUGUUUGGUGCAGUGCUACGUAUGAAAAAGCAGAUUUAAUUCAUUGGGAAUUCAAUGGUUUAGCUGUUUCAACGAAUGGUGUUUAUGUCUAUUUCCUUGAAAAACCAAGCAAUUAUUUGGAUAAUAAUCGUUCACGACGUGUAGCUAUACUUUCACCUCGGGUUCGCUUUUUAUCUUUCUGGUCAAACAGUAAUUUACAAAAGGUGACAUUUAAUUCUGAAUUACCGCUGCAUCGUAAAAUGGAUUGUUUACAAGAAUUACUUCAAAGAUGGUAUCCAACAGAGGAUAUUGGUGUUAUUGAUGACGGUGAUGAUGAUGAUAUGUCUGGUGAUAUAAAUCUACAGAGGGCGUGUUUAGAGGAAAUUGGUUUUCAUCCGACUGUUGGCAGUAGUCAAUCAUCAGUUCCUCAAAGUUGGUUAGAUAAAUCGCCUACUACACUACAACUUUACAGGUUUAUUCUGUGCAUCCUUACCAAAGACCCUAAUGAAGAAAUCAAAUCCAGCGCACAGCUUUGGUUGACCAAUGCAGAUCAAUUAAUUCAACAACGUCAUCUGGAACGUUGUUAUCGUUUAUUUCUUCAGAGUUCUGUACAAAGACAAGCACGUGAUUGUUUACUGGUCUCACGUAUGGCUACGCUGACGUUAAAUGUUUUCAAACCUUCAACGCUGCCGACUACUCCCCUUCUUGGUGCUAAUAACUCUGCGUCCUCAUCUUCCAUGAACAUAAAUACCAGUAUAACUGCACAUAAAAAACAUACUUGUUAUGUUCAAGAUUUACCUGAGUUGGCUGAAAAAGUUCGUCUAUUGGCUAUGCAGUUAUAUAUCCAUCGAUUUCAUCUCCCAGCUGAAGAUAUUGUUAAUCAAGUACAAACAUGUCCAAUAUGUACAGAAAAUGUUAUUCCCGAUCUUAGUUACUCAAAUUGUUCUCAAAAUCAUCCUUUAGAACGUUGUAUGCAAACUCUUGAACCGUGUACAGAUCCUGUUUACCGUCACUGUAAACAUUGUAAUCAUGUUGCACUUGGUAUACCUGCUCAUGAUCGUUUAUCAGCUUGGCGUUUAGCAACACUUCAUCCAAUGUGUAUAUACUGUGACUUAUCAUUGACAUCGAAAGAAUUUUAAUGCUGUUUUCUCUCUCUUUCUGUCUUUACUGUAUGAUCAAACCAAGAGAUGUGUAUUAUAUAUUUUCGUAUAUUUUUCAAGCAGACCACAUUAUUUAUUUAAUAAACAAUAAUGUUUUCGA